AUGAUGAACAUUACAAUAUCGGCCGCCUUUGGUUUACGGCACGAUCAACAGCCUCGCGAUGAUCCACCUCUGUCCAAGUACAGAGUAGUAACCGCCAACACACCCGUCGCCAAAGGAUGGCAGCUGGGGCCUCUGGGUCGGGAUAAAGUCAAAUGCCUCGUCCGUCUUGCCGGCUCGACUCGGUCCUAA